GUUCUUUCUAGCUUGUUAAAAAAGAGAGUUCCAGAAAUCUUACAAAGUUUGAAUCAUGGAUACUCAUGUAGUACAUUCUCCUGUCGAAGGUGAAGAUGAAGACCACCAUGAGAAGAAGUCGGUUUUGAAGAAGGUGAAGGCGAAAGCGAGGAAGUUAAAGGAGACUAUCACAGGGCAUAGCCAUCACGGCCAUGAACACGAAGGCCAUCAUACUCCUGAUGAUCAUGAUCUGGAUGAGGAAGAUGACGAAGAGGUAGACGACCCAGAAGUUCAUGGUGCACCGAUAUAUGACUCGGCAGUUGGGAGGACUGAUGCUCCUAUGCAAGGAGACAUUUUGAAAGUGCCUAUGGUGAAUUUCGGAGACACUAGAGCGGGGCAUGAUGAAUAUGAUCCUGUAGUUCCAAGGGAGACAUCUAAUGUGCCUGGGCUACAUGAAAAUACAGGCCAUGGUGCAACGACUAGGAGGACUGAUGCUCCUGUGCAAGGAGGCAUUCAUUUUGGAGACACACACCAUGAAUAUGAUCCUGUAGUGCCAAGAGAGAGGACUAAUGUGGGAUUUAGUGGACCGGUGAGGGAUUUUGUGCCUGGGCAAAAUCGAACUACAACAGAGCAUGAGGAUCUUUUGGGAGGAGCAAGGACAAAACUGGCUGGUCCAACAACUGGACCUGCCCUUAAGCAUGAAGAGCCAAAGGGAUUGGUUGAUGUAAUUGGGGGAGAUCCUCAUGCGCCGCACAACACCCCUGUUUCUCCUCUUCCUCAUCAUGGAAAUUACAAUACUCUUACCAUGGAUGUUGACCCAGGUAAGACUUUUGGCUCCGGGCAAAGAGGGCUUUUAGGUCAGACCAGGGUCAAAUUGGAGAAGACUGAUGUAUUAGGGGAAGGAACUCCUGUGCUACAGAGUACCCCGGUUUCUUCUCUUGCUCAUGGAACUCACAGAAGUACAAUGGACGUCUACCCAAGGCAGAAAUCCAGGCAGGGAGGGCAUUUAGGUCAGUCCAGGGUCAAUUUGGACAGACCCAGAGGACUUGAGGAAGACCCUCAUGCGCCUAAAGCCAAUCCUCAAGCUUACACUCCUUCAAAUUACGAGACCAAAGUCACUGAUCCCACCAAAUCUGGUGGUCAGGAAAUUGGAGUCACACCAAUACUUCAUUCCUUCGAUAAGAUGAACCUCCACGGUGAUGAUCACCCAUACUUGAAAAAUGGUGCCAAACACAACCCGUCUACCGGAAGCCAUGACCAAUUCUCUCCUGAUAAACCAUCGAACCAGGGCAGCAGCUACACUGAAAAAAUCUCAUAUGCCACUUCAGCCAUUUCCGACAAAGCAAUUUCGGCAAAGAAUGUAGUUGCUUCCAAGUUGGGGUAUGGCGGAAACGAGCCUGAUCAUGAUGACUACUCGAGAGGCUAUGUUACUGGUGCUGGGAAGUCUGGUUCAUCACCUCGGAACAAAGUACUUGAUCCCUCUACUAACCAAUUCAGAUCAGCAGAGACUCCACAAGUCCGAGGAACCAUCAAACCGGACCAUGACACCACAACUGAUCAAAAGCCAGUCCACAAAGGCGGAAGCUACACUGAGAAGAUUUCAUCUGCCGGAUCUGCCAUUGCUGACAAGGCGAUAUCCGCAAAGAAUGUUGUUGCGUCCAAGCUGGGAUAUGGGGCAAGAGAUCAGGUGCAUGACAGGGAAGAUGUAACUCGCACUAACGUGCAGUCUGGGACAACAGCAGCGGAUCAACAUGGCAAGACGAUUUCCUCUACAGUUGCGGAGAAGCUAACACCUGUGUAUGAGAAGGUUGCCGGGGCAGGGACUUCUGUGAUGUCCAAGGUUCAAGGUGGGAGUACUGUUAGUGCCGGGGUUGUUAAUCAAGCCGGACAGGACAAAGGGGUGUCUGUGAAGGACUAUUUUUCAGAGAAGCUGAGGCCCGGAGAGGAGGACAAAGCGCUUUCGGAGGUUAUAAGUGAGACAUUACACAAGCAUAAGCCGGGUGUUAAGCAAGAGAAGACAGUGUACUUUGCUAGUUCUAGGCCCAAGGGGAAGGUGACGGAAUCGGCGGAGGUGAGGCAUACCGAGGGGAAUGAUCGAGAUCAAUUUUGUGGUGGACAAGAUUAAGGAUACUGUUGGUUCGAUGCUUGGUGGUACUAAUGAGAGUGAUGGAGAACGACGUAGGCAAGGUCUCUCUAGCUCUGCUGCUACCGGGGAGGAAGAUCAGCACCGGAGGGUACAGGUAUCCGGCAACUGAAGGAGGACUACUACUAAGACUAUGGUGAAUAAAUAUUAUAGUUGCUGGGAGUUUGUUUUGUGUAAGAUUUGAAACGCUUGUGUGUUGUGAUUUGACUAGACAAGGUUUUACUCCUGGCGAGGAUUGUGUGUGUAAUUUUAAUGUUUGUAGUGUAACUUUUUGUGUUGUUUGAUAUGUGCGGAAGUGGAAGAACGUAACGUAUGACUCG